AUGCCUACAAACCGUCAGAAUAUCCGAGGAACAGGCCGUCCUGUUGGCCGUCAAGCUCGUCGAGGCAACUUACAACCAACACGGGCUGCUCCACCUCCACCUACUAGAAACCCUCCCCCUCCACCGAGUGAUACCCCCUCUUCACCUCAACCCGAUUUCCCUCUGCCGCCUCUUCGCAUCACACCAAUGGGAUUGGCAAGAGAAAUCCAGGAAGACGUCGAUAGAAUCUGGUCCAGCCUCUGCCAGAGGGCAUCCUUCAUCACUUCCCUGAUGCAGGCUUCCGAUUCGGAACUUGCCACCGUCAGCCGGCAUUUUCAGGCUUACAUUUUCGAGUUUCAUAUAUAUCUGCGAGCAUGUAGUGACUUGAAAGUCGCUGAGGAGCGGGAACGAAACUUUUACCAGUGGUGGAGUACCUUGAGUCCUACUGAGCAACAGGAGCGCCUGUAUCUGGCCCAAGACAUGGCUCCAAGGCGAUGGCCAGCAAAGGCUUGGUUGUAA